AUGGGGCGAAGUCGCAAGAGGAAAAGAUCGCUGUUAAGAAGCGAAUUGUUGGCAAAGGUCAAGGAUUUCGAGUGGGAGAUCAAAAGCCAUCAUUCAAGGAAUGAAAGGGCUGAUAAAAAUCUAUCAAAGAGACGACGCUCGUCUCGAUCGUAUGCGUCUCGUAAGUCGAGAACCGCAAGGCAUAAGUCGCCGCCAGAGGCAAAGUCCGAUAAAUCAAGGAAGAGAUCUGCCUCGAAUCAACCUAGCUCCAGCUCUUCUGGAAGCUCCAGUGACUUCUCAUCGUCAGGUGAGAGUUCAGAGUCAGGUGCGUCCCGCUCGUCAGAUGAAUCUGGAUCUUCCCGUGACUUUCCCAAAUGCAAGAGGUCUCGAACGAAGGACGGAGAGGUUGUUACCGAUUCUGCUGCAAUUGAAUUAUUGGGAGAAGUGCCCACAAAAGAAGGGCCCUAUAAUCCUGAUCUACACACAGCAUUCGCUGAACGACGGACGUAA